AUGUCGACGGACAAGAUUACGUUCUUGACCAACUGGCACGCCACGCCGUACCAUGCCCCAUUGUACCUCGCUCAGGCGAAGGGGUAUUUCAAGGAAGAAGGGAUCCAGGUGGCGAUUUUGGAGCCGAAUGAUCCUAGUGAUGUGACUGAAAUCAUUGGGUCUCAGAAGGUCGAUAUGGGGUUCAAGGCUAUGAUCCACACCUUGGCUGCCAAAGCCCGCAACUUCCCCAUCCAAUCCAUCGGCUCCCUCCUCGAUGAGCCCUUCACCGGCGUCGUCUACCUCAAGGACUCGGGCAUCACCCCCGACUUCCGCACCCUCAAAGGCAAACGCAUCGGCUACGUUGGCGAGUUCGGCAAGAUACAAAUCGACGAGUUGACUUCCCAUUAUGGUAUGUCCCCCUCGGACUACACCGCCAUCCGCUGCGGCAUGAACGUCUCCAAGGCCAUCAUCAAGGGCGAGAUCGACGCGGGCAUCGGCUUGGAGAACGUGCAAAUGGUAGAGCUUGGGGAAUGGCUCUCCUCGCAGAACCGCCCCAAGGAUGACGUGCAGAUGCUCCGCAUCGAUGAACUUGCAGAAUUAGGGUGUUGUUGUUUCUGCUCCAUUCUCUACAUCGGCAACGAGGCCUUCCUCGAGGCUCAUCCCGAGAAAGUCCGCGCAUUCAUGCGUGCCGUGAAGAAAGCCACAGACUUCGUCUUGAACGAUCCAGAAGCCGCAUGGGCCGAGUACGUCGACUUCAAACCCGUCAUGGGCACAGAACUCAACCGCGAGAUCUUCGAGCGGUCGUUCGCGUACUUCUCCAAGGAUCUCCGGAACGUUCAGCGGGACUGGGAGAAGGUGACCAAGUACGGGAAGCGUCUGGGUGUGCUUGACGCGGAUUUCACGCCGAACUAUACGAACCAAUUUCUGGAGUGGGCUGGCGAGGGCGAGCAGGUUGAUCCGACCGGCGAUCAGAAGAAGAUGGUGGAGUUGCAGAAGGAGGUUGCAGAGAAGGGUGGGUUUAAGAGGUUGGAUGUUGAGAGGGCUGUUGCUGCUUCUGCUUGA